AAAAGCUUUUAUCAAUUGUUGAAGAUUCCUCUCAGACAAGCAGAGAAAUGGCACUCCAGAAGAUCCUCAGUCUUCGGCCAGUGAUGGUGCAAUACACGUGUUUUGUUCCAUUCCGGAGAGCCAUUUCCGAUGAUGGAACUAUCCGAGGUCGAAGGGACUGGAUAGUGCUGCCAGAGGAUGGAUCUUGCAUUGCUUGCUGGCAUCCUGAAUCUCCCUUUCCUUAUGAAUGCUCUCUACCAAUGCCCAAGAGAGAGGCUGCUGAUACUGAUGAGGUGUUGAAGGUGAAAUUGAAAGAGGACCUGUCUUACAUACGAAGACCUAAGUUGGAUUAUGUUGCAAUUCCAGAGCUCAUGAAACUCACCCACACCAACAAGCACAUCUGGUAUCCUCGGUAG